GAUUACGCAGCUUCCGUAAACAGGAAUCCGUUACUGAGUAAAAUGUUCUCAAAUCUAGCUAGUCCGCCGGCGAGUUGUUUAGCUCUUUGAAUUGCAGUUUCUAUUAAAUUACACGCAUUAAAUACAUUACAGAGCGCAUAAUUAAAACGAUAAAUUAAUUAGAAUAUCUUAAAACAUCAGUCUGUCAGGUUGACGUCUCCGUGUUGUCUCCUCCUCCCCGGCCCUGCGUCGUCGUGCUGUGUAGCGGACGGGAGGGGGGAUGUUUGGGGAUGGUGGGCCGGGGUAUCGCGUCUCUUUCCUCGGCUCCUCGAAAUUCUGCUAGCCUACAGUCUCCUGCCCGCAUCUAGUAUGGACUGUUUACGAGGAGAAUGAAAAAUAGCGAUUGUCACCGUGGCAGCUGCUUCUGUUGCAGACGUGCUCCUGAAGAGAGUGAGUAGCUAUGGCCGAACAAGACAUUUGUCCUCACCUGGACUCCAUAGGAGAGGUCACCAAGGAGGACCUCCUCCAGAAAUCUAAGGGAACUUGCCAGUCUUGUGGUGCAGGGGGCCCAAACCUGUGGGCCUGUCUGCAGAAUGACUGCCCAUAUGUUGGCUGUGGAGAGUCCUACUCUGAUCACAGCACCCUGCACGCACAGGCUAAGAAGCACAACCUGACUGUGAACCUGACGACGUUCAGGAUCUGGUGCUAUGUGUGUGAGCGAGAGGUGUUUUUGGAGCACCGGCCUUCGCUGGUCCCUUUGCCUGCUGCUCCCCACCACUGUAAAGCCACAGAGCAGGAAGCAGUUCCUCAGCCAGUGGGUCACCCACUGAAAGCCGUACCAAUUGCUGUAGCAGAAGAAGAGGGCUCAGAGUCUGAGGAGGAUGAGCUUAAACCCAGAGGCUUGACUGGAAUGAAAAAUAUUGGAAACUCCUGCUACAUGAAUGCAGCUCUUCAAGCCCUGUCUAACUGCCCUCCACUCACUCAGUUCUUCCUCGACUGCAGUGGGUUGGUCCGGACUGAUAAGAAGCCGGCUCUCUGUAAGAGUUACCAGAAACUCAUCUCAGAGCUCUGGCAUAAAAAACGGCCCAGCUAUGUUGUACCUACUAGUCUGUCUCAUGGCAUCAAACUAGUCAACCCCAUGUUUCGUGGUUACGCUCAGCAGGUAGGGGCAAGCACCCAGCAGGACACUCAGGAGUUCUUGCGCUGUCUGAUGGACCAGCUACACGAAGAGCUGAAGGAGCCUCUGACAGAGUGCAACAUGAGUGGAGAGGGAAGUGACGGCGAGGAGAUAAGAGACGGUGACCGCUCCCCGUCCGAGGACGAAUUCCUGUCCUGCGACUCCGGCUCCAGCAGUGACAGGGGGGAGGGUGGAGGAGCAGGUGACGGCGAGCUGCUCCUGCAGGAUGAGUGUGAUGGGGCCAGAUCACCGGCGGGAGGGGUGGUUGGGGUCAGCACCGGCGGGCCGAUCUCGGAGAAGGAGAGGUUGAAGGAAAGGAGGGUGUCUGGCUCACCUCUGCGUGGAGGCUCCCAAGAGAUGGAUGAAGAUGCUGAUGUGGAUACAGCCGCUGAAGAGGGGGCUCCUGAGAGGCCAGAGGAAGAGGAGGUAACACCAACCACAAACACUGAGGUCCAAAGCCAAGAAGACAACCAGUUAUCUGAUACUGGACAAGAUCAAACUCAGAGCAGCAACACCUCAGAGCCAGACAAUGAAGCAUCCAUGGCCCAGCCCCAGUCCACUCCCUGCAGCCCUGUACGAACCCUUCAGGAGCUUCAUCCCAAACUGUCAUCCAGUCCUCCUCGCUCCAGCCCCCUCCGCUCUGCAGGACCUGCAUACUCUUUCAAAAAAGCUCAGCUGCUGCUCAGCACCAGGAAGAAGAAACAGUCUCACUUUCGCAGUGUGAUCUCUGACAUCUUCGACGGCUCCAUCCUCAGUCUGGUCCAGUGUUUAACCUGUGACAGGGUCUCUACCACAGUGGAAACCUUCCAAGACUUGUCCCUACCUAUUCCUGGUAAAGAGGACUUGGCAAAGCUCCACUCUUCCAUACACCAGAACCUUCCAGUCAAGACGGGCGUGUGUCCCGACACGUACAACUCGCAGGGUUGGAUUUCCUUCAUCAUGGACUCCAUCCGCCGAUUUGUGGUCUCAUGUAUCCCCACUUGGUUUUGGGGGCCCAUGGUAACCUUAGAGGACUGCCUCGCUGCCUUCUUUGCUGCAGAUGAACUCAAAGGUGACAACAUGUACAGCUGUGAGAGAUGUAAAAAGUUGAGAAAUGGUGUCAAAUACUGCAAAGUCCUUAGACUUCCAGAGAUUCUGUGCAUUCACCUGAAACGCUUCCGGCAUGAAGUCAUGUAUUCAUUCAAGAUCAGCAGCCACGUAUCCUUCCCAUUGGAGGGCCUGGACAUGCGACCUUUCCUGGCUAAAGAGAGUCCAUCCCAAGUCACCACCUAUGAUCUACUGUCAGUCAUUUGUCAUCAUGGCACAGCAGGAAGUGGGCACUACAUAGCUUACUGUCAGAAUGUGAUCAAUGGCCAGUGGUAUGAGUUUGACGACCAGUAUGUCACAGAGGUCCACGAGACAGUCGUGCAGAAUGCAGAGGCUUAUGUGUUGUUCUAUAGGAAAAGUAGUGAGGAGUCGGUGAGAGAGAGGCAGAAGGUGGUGGCUCUGGCCAAUAUGAAGGAGCCCAGCCUGCUGCAGUUUUACAUCUCCAGAGAGUGGCUGAACAAGUUCAACACCUUCGCAGAACCGGGCCCCAUCAGCAACCACACGUUUCUAUGUCAGCACGGAGGCAUCCCUCCUAAUAAAUACCACUACAUUGAUGACCUGGUGGUGAUUGUUCCCCAAAAUGUGUGGGAGUACCUUUACAACAGCUUUGGAGGCGGCCCAGCAGUGAACCACCUGUAUAUGUGCGCCAUCUGCCAGGUGGAGAUUGAAGCUCUGGCCAAACGCAGAAAAAUGGAAAUAGACACUUUCAUCAAGCUGAACAAAGAGUUUCAGGCGGAGGAGGCUCCGACUGUGAUCCUGUGCAUCAGCAUGCAGUGGUUCAGAGAGUGGGAGAGCUUUGUGAAGGGCAAAGACAAUGAGCCUCCUGGCCCCAUAGACAACAGUAAAAUAGGUGUCAUGAAAGGAGGACACAUACAGCUCAAGCAAGGUGCAGACUAUGGUCAGAUCUCAGAGGAGACAUGGCAGUACUUGCUGGGUAUUUAUGGUGGAGGCCCUGAAAUCGCAGUGAGACAGACGGUGGCCCCGGCUGACCCUGACAGCCUGCACGGAGAGAGGAAGAUCGAGGCAGAAACCAGAGCACUUUGAGAUAAAGAGAGGUCCUCUGAUUCCACUUUUCCACCCCUGCUCUCACAGGAAGCUGCGGAAUUUGCACCUUGGUGAAGAAGCCCGCGCCGUGAGCACUUUGUAAAUGUAGCAACGCAUUAUUCUGAAGCUGUGUGGCAGGAGGGUGAAACGGUACCUAAAUAUCGCGUAGUCUAUUUAUUGGAUAAGUCCGAUCCUCUAAUGUUAAGGUGUACAAAAUAAGGUGUCAUGUCACAUCUCUGGAGCUGUUUUUGGUAGUGUGUCAGUGGCUGCUCUAGUGACUAGGUGUCAUAUACUGCUAAGCUGGUGACCAUGAGCCAGUUUGCUGAGGAGGAAAACAGAAGUACAGUGUGAUGUUUGGUUUGAGGACUCCUCUUCUUCAGUGAAAGCAACAACCAAGAGACAUUAUGAAGCUUUUUGUUGUUUGCCUGUUUACUAGUUACAUAGCAACAAGUUCAGAGAUCAAGUGACAGAUACAGCAUAAUUCUUACUCUCACACCUUCAACCUUAAACACACAGUAUAACUGAGCCCUCAGGAAUGGAAGUUUUUUGUUUGUUUAAGUCAGUGAGAUUUUCAGAUUAAAGGGGCCUUCUGGUAUUUUUAAACCUGAGCUCUAUAUUUACAUGUUUGGUUUCGUAAAUGAUUCAUACUUCCUAAAAGUUUGGGAAUUGGUCCAGUAGAGUGCCUUAGCUGGUAGCUGCCACAUGACUACAAUGGCUGCAGUGUAAUCCAUUAGGGCAACUCCGACUGUCAAAGUUACAUCUACUAGAAGUGUUUGUGUUUGCUGCUGUCAGGUUGAGGUUGUUAUACGAAGUAUCUGACAACAUUAAGGCAACACUUACAAUGACUUUGAAAAUAAAAUAUUUCUGGCCGUCCCUCUAAGUUGGCGCCAAACUCCUCUCUCUAACUUGCUGACUUUCAUCGUCGUCGUCCUCCUCAAACAAAUCAGUGACUUCUCGUUGAAUAGGACUUGUGCUAUGACUUUGUCAGUUGGACUUGCCUCAAAGGAUUACAUUGCAGUCUUGAGGCAGCUGCCAGCAGAGAUGAUCUACUGGACCGAUUCCAAAAGUUUUGGUAAGUGUGAAGUAUUUACACACUAGAACAUGUAAAUAUAGGGCCCAGGAUUUAAAAAAAUGCCAGAAUUCCCCUUUAAGGAACUCCUGGGGAAAAAAAACACCACAGCAGGUCUGUUUAAAAACCACAAAACAUGCAUGUGUUUUAAAGACCAUUUGGGUAAUCUAUAUUUGACAAAGCUUCAGGAUGCAUGUAACUACAAGUUCUUUAUUUUGGCCUGUAACUGACAAGAUGAGGCGAGUUGGUGUGCACAAACAGACACCUUUAAAUGCACAAAAUGAUAGAAAUAUUGAGUCACUCCUUCCUAGAACCAUCCACAAAUAACCCUAUAGAUAUAUGGUUAUCACUUUAAAAGGAGAAGAGAAGUAGAGGGACACUGUGGCAAGAGUGCAGGAAGUAGGUAAGAGGUGGGUUAUACAUCUGGUGCAAUAGCAGUAAAUUGCAGAGGGGUAAUGAGAAUAUUUGUGCGCAACAAAAUGUAUUAAAUGGCUUUUUUGAUAAUAGCCAACAUAGCAAGUUUAUAAUUCUUUCACACCCUUGCAGUGUGAAUGACCUCACCUCUCGUCUCCGAGGAGACUGUCCCAGAAUGACCAACGAUGCAGUACCUGUUUAUACCAAGAGAGGGCAGUAUUAAAAUUAAAUUUUACAAUUUCGCAAGAAAGAAAUAACCUCACAUAAAACCACAAAAAAAUUAAUACAUCGUGCACAAAUCCGGACCUGUUACAACACAAAGGUCGUUUAUGAUAAGUGUAUUUUGUUAUUUCUGAAAAAUAUCUUUAUUGUGCAUGUUUCACCAUCAGGUCAUCAGAAAAAUGAAGCUGUACCCUGUGGGGAUGAUGUUACGCAAAGGGGGUGUUUGCUUGUAAAAAAUAAUUCUGCAAUUAUUCGUCUGCAAAUCGCACUUUCGUUGAUGAUACAUUUUAAUAUUUGAUAGUAAUAUACACCUGUCUUCACAGCUUGUUUACUCAAAUUCUAUGCUGGUGUAAGGUUUUGAAGCCUCCGCUCAUAGGAGAGUGAUAUUAACGCUGCCCUGACUGCAGUGAUUUGUUGUCAAGAUAACUAGAACCACAUCUUAUACAUCUUCCGUUUUUUGUUUUUCUUAAGAACACAGAUGAGAAUGGUAGUUGAGAGUGUGCUGUGCAAUAUAAUGACUUUUGUGACACCUCAUUUUAAAAGGUCAACAUGCAAAGGUUUUUUUCUGUGAUAAUUGCUGUAGCUACAUUUUCAUCUGACACGUCAAUGGUAACAUUAUAUAUUAUUGGGGAGAUUUUUUUCUGUAUUGUGCAGUUCAUUUAACAGCAAGACUAAUCUGCCAGGGUAAAAGCUAGUCCAAGCUCAACUAAAUAAACAAAGUCCUCCUCUGUCUCAUUGUAGAUAAAUACAAUUAUUUUUACUGUACAGAUCUGCAAAGACAAAGUUCUCCACCAACACAAAAUACAAGAUGACGACUAUUGUUGAUGAACACCAAAUUUGAAAUCCAAAAGUUAAUGAUUUUUUUCAUUUUUUUGUUAAAUUGAAAUUAUUAUCACAGCCUGUAUAAAUAGUCACAUUAAUGUCAUAAUUGUACUCAUUACACUUACACAUUACACAUCAAAACCUCCAGAUCUGCAAAUAUUGGCCACUCAGCAUCUAUGAAUGGAGAAGAGACAGGAAUUACUUGCAGAAACCUGUAAUUUCCAAUGCCAAAUGACUGAAUAUAAGAUUGAAGACUGAUUUAAUCUUUAAUCACCAUAUAGUAUUCGCAAAGGUAUACGAUAGCUCUUAAUUUUCCUUUUUGUAGCAGCAUUAGCAGAGCAAAUUAUGAGCCAAAACAUAAAGAUAUGAUGAUGUAACAGUUGAUGAUAUGCAGUACAGUGAUCCUACGUUGGAAUACAGUGCCUUUAUCAAACCUCUUCACACUCCUCAGUCCACCCGCUCAGGUGUUUUUACAUAUUUUACCUGAUUAUGAAUCUGUGGGCAUGCACAAACCGGCCGUGAUUGACAGCUCCCUCAAUCUCAUAUUUGGGGAGGAAGAAUAUGUAGGUCAUCAUUUGAAGAUUAGUUUAUUGUUGAAAAUGAAUUCCCAGCAUGUCCCUGCUCACCUUUAACCUGAGCAGAGGUUUAAUCAGACAGGAUAAGUUAAAAUACCUGUGUGUGUAUUCACUAGCUUGAGUAAAUCUUCCAUCCACCUUGACUUUAGAAAGGUCUCGAUUUAUGUACCAUGAAAUCUCCCAGCUGUAUUACAUUGUAAGAUCAAUGAGAAAAGGUGACACUGAGCCCUAAAUACAAUUUGAAUACGUCACAUGAAAACAGCUCGAAACAGCUAAUAAGACUGAAACUCAGGUGACCCACUGGCACGACUGAGCUCACUUAUCAAAGUUCUAUCUUUGUGUACAAAAAUCAAAGUUUAAGGACAAGUUAUAGCUGAUGAUGCUAUGCUAAGAUAAUGGGUUCCUUGCUGUGGCUACAUAUUUAGCGUAAAUGAAAGUGUUUGUCUUAUCUAAUUCACAAAAUGUCAAACUAUUACUUUAAACUCUUUAAAAAAGAAGGUGUUGAGACACUUAAAAUGUUCCAAGUUUAAUUUAAACAAGCUCAGCAGAUAUUCAGAAAUGUAAUUAACAGAAGAGCAGCUUUAACAUUCCCCUAGCUAUUUAUUUAGAUGUUUUGACUUGUCAUAGCAGGAAAUCCACAGUAGUGACUAAUACAUUCAACAUUCGCUAUAUUCACUUUCCAGCAUCCUUUCUUAAAUGGAAGGCUGCUGGGUAGCUUCCAAGGUGGCGGAGUGUACGAUCGAUUGCAGGUGGCGUUUAAAUCUUCUUUGUGAAAUAACAACAGAAGCCCACUUUGCAAAUAAAUGUUUGUGUUUUAUUUCAAACUUAAACCUGCAAAUGUUUUAGUUUUUGGGUUAGUUUUCUUUUUUUGUUGUUUUUAUUGCCAACAUUCACACUCUUUUACCUCCGUUUUUGGUCUCCACCAACUUCUGAGGGAAACACCUGGCUCUUUUACUGCUCCACUCUGUUCAGCCAGUCAUUAACUGUGUCUUUCUGCUGUUGAGUGCCGAGAUGGUUGUGUAAAGCGUGUUUUUAAACCUUCUGAAGUGAAAACAGCUGCCUGUUUUGGGCUGAAAAUGACACGCUUAGGGCGGUGAGAGUGAACCAAAACAGAAAAAUUGCACAUCAUAGAGCUAAACAAUGAGCUGAUACAUUUCUGUGGGGUGCGCUUGAAGCUAACAGCUGCAUCAGAGCUUAGCUAACAUCACUAUCCCAGUGAGCUGUCUCAUAGAUUCCCUGCCCACAAUAACCUUGUGAAUAACCCGGAAUCCAAACGAUUUCACUCAAAAAGGAAAUGCAGCCAUUCUUUAUGUCAUUGAUUUGACUCUUUUCUCGCCAUGACAUGUCAAACGUCAGCCAUGUCGUUUAUAGUAACGCACGUCUCCCUGUUUUGUUUGUCGAUGUGUCCAAAGAGCAAUUCACCAGUUUGAAUAAGAGAAGACGCUGAUUCUGUUUUUUGUUCUCUUUAUUUUUCUCACACAUGUCCAGUCUGGAUCCUCUUGAGACAAUGUCAGUUCUAUGAGGAUAUGUGUGCUAUGUUUAGAUUUGUUUUUUUUUUUUUUUUUGGAGGGAGCAAGUGCAAUGAAAAAGAGGUACAUCUUUGUGCAAUCUUAGCUUUAUCAUUAAAGAGACAGUGGGCAGCUGUCGAACACGGAGCAGAUUUGAAACAGCUGGCAGCAAGGACUGGAGAAGCGCAGCUCAUUUCUGUUGCAGUGCUGAGAAAUGUCAGUUGGUAAUUACUUAAUUACCCCCCACCUGUGAGCGUGUUUGCCUGUGUUACAGCCCAAAGCCAUGCGUGUGAGAUUUCCAUUUCACAUGUCAGUGGAAAGAAUACGAGCAUUGCUGUGGUUGGACAGAGUUCCUCAGUAAUAUCAUUGGCACUCUGCAGACAGCGCGAUUUUGCUGACUCAUGUUUUCCCUACAUUUCACAGUGUGUGGCUGUUGUGGUCAUGAUAAUGGUGAUGCUUUGAUAAGGGGUUUUAAGUGGUUGACCUCCAUUCGAUGGGAUGUCUUAAUGUCUGUAGAGCUGAUGUAAUUACUCAUGACUGGUUAAAUGAUUAAAAUUGCCUGGUCUUUGA